AGGGCGGGUGCCGCAGGGCCAAUGGGAGCGGUGCCGGCCAGGCCUGUUCCGCCCCGCUCCUCCGGACGUUUGUGCCGGGACAGGGCCGCUGCGGAUGCCGGGUCCUUGAGCUGAGCGUCUGCUGCCGGAGCCAACCUCUGCCGUCAACCGUCCGCACGGGCUGGGCCCAGGCGCCGGGACGGCGAAGAUCCGCCGAGGAAGCUGAGGCUGCCAUAGAACGCCGCGGCGGCGGGCGCAUGGCGUCCAUCUUGCUCAGGAGCUGCCGGGGCCGGGGGCCUGCCCGCCUCGCGCCACCUCGGGCCGCCUCCCCGCGGGGUAGCCUGAGGGAUCUGAGGGAUCGCGCUUGUCUCGGUUGUACCAGGACCCUGGGGUUGACGAGCCAUGAGAGUGUUCUGUCUCGUUGUUGUACUCCAGCCCACCCUGUGUACCUCUGCUUCAAAGGUGAACCCCUCAGCUUUUGGACUCAGAGGCCCGAGUGCCAGGGCACCACAGCGAGAGCAACAUGGACACCUGCCUCUGCCAGGCUGGUGGUUACAGGACCUCAGUAUCUUUCCGUGCGCAGCUGGCACUCAUCAUCUCCGCUAGGAGAGGACUCUGUGAUAGAGAAGUCCCUUAAGUCCUUAAAAGACAAGAAUAAGAAGCUGGAAGAGGGCGGCCCCGUGUACAGCCCGCCAGCUCAGGUGGUAGUGAAGAAAUCCCUUGGGCAGAAGGUACUGGAUGAACUGAAGCACUACUACCAUGGCUUCCGCCUGCUCUGGAUCGACACCAAGAUCGCUGCCCGUAUGCUGUGGCGCAUCCUCAAUGGCCAUACACUGACCCGCCGGGAACGCAGGCAGUUUCUCCGGAUUUGUGCAGACCUCUUCCGUCUAGUGCCCUUCCUGGUGUUCGUGGUGGUGCCCUUCAUGGAAUUCCUGCUGCCUGUAGUUGUGAAGCUCUUCCCCAACAUGCUGCCCUCCACGUUCGAGACCCAGUCUAUCAAGGAGGAAAGGCUGAAGAAGGAGCUGAGGGUGAAGCUGGAGCUGGCCAAGUUUCUCCAGGACACCAUAGAGGAAAUGGCCCUGAAGAACAAGGCAGCCAAAGGGAGUGCCACCAAAGAUUUCUCGGCGUUUUUCCAGAAGAUCCGGGAGACGGGGGAGAGACCCAGCAAUGAGGAAAUCAUGCGUUUUUCCAAACUGUUUGAGGAUGAACUGACCCUGGAUAACCUCACGAGGCCUCAGCUGGUAGCACUGUGCAAGCUGCUGGAGCUUCAGUCCAUUGGCACCAACAACUUCCUGCGUUUCCAGCUCACCAUGCGCCUGAGGUCCAUAAAGGCUGAUGAUAAGCUGAUUUCUGAGGAAGGGGUGGACAGUCUGACUGUGAAGGAAUUGCAGGCAGCAUGUCGAGCACGAGGCAUGCGAGCACUCGGCGUCACAGAAGACCGUCUGAAGGGCCAGCUGAAACAGUGGCUGGACUUGCACCUGCAUCACGAGAUCCCCACAUCACUGCUCAUACUGUCCCGGGCCAUGUACCUCCCAGACACCCUCUCACCUGCCGACCAGCUGAAGUCCACCUUGCAGACCCUUCCAGAAAUUGUGGCAAAGGAGGCUCAGGUGAAAGCGGCAGAGGUGGAAGGCGAAAAGGUAGACAACAAGGCGAAACUGGAGGCCACACUGCAGGAAGAGGCCGCUAUCCAACAAGAACACCUGGAAGAACUAAAGAGAGCCUCUGAGGCUGUGAAGGACAUCCAGCCAGAAGUAGCAGAAGCCACUCUCCCUGGGAGGCCAGGGCCUGAGCCUCAGCCUCAGCCUCAGGUGGAUGAUGUGAUCUUGCCCUCAGAGGUCCUGAAGGAUACGGCGCCUGCACUGGAAGGUCUGAAGGGAGAAGAGAUUACCAAGGAGGAAAUUGACAUCCUCAGUGAUGCCUGCUCUAAGCUGCAGGAGCAGAAGAAGUCCCUGACCAAGGAGAAGGAGGAGCUGGAGCUGCUGAAAGAGGAUGUCCAGGACUACAGUGAGGACUUACAGGAGAUCAAGAAGGAACUUUCAAAGACGGGUGAGGAGAAGUACAUAGAAGAAUCUGCAGCUAGCAAGAGGCUGUCCAAGCGAGUGCAGCAGAUGAUCGGGCAGAUCGACGGCCUGAUCGCACAGCUGGAGACCACUCAACAGGAUGGCAAGCUGGACCCCAGCCAGAGCACUCCAACAGGGGAGAGUGUCAUCAGCAUCACUGAGCUCAUCAGCGCCAUGAAGCAAAUUAAGCACAUUCCAGAACACAAGCUCAUCAGUUUGACCUCAGCCCUGGAUGAUAAUAAGGACGGCAACAUCAACAUCAAUGACCUUGUCAAGGUAAUCGACUUGGUGAACAAAGAAGAUGUUCAGAUCUCUACCACCCAGGUAGCCGAAAUUGUGGCCACACUAGAGAAGGAAGAAAAGGUGGAAGAGAAAGAGAAGGCCAAGGAGAAGGCUGAGAAAGAGGCUGCAGAAGUGAAGAAUUAAGAGCUGCCGGCUUCUGGCCCACAGGUCUGCCUGCAUCGUGCUAUACCAGCCACAGGGGCAUGACACACAGAGUGAUUGCUUUGAGGUGAUUCUUAGUGGCAAAUCUAAUAUUUUGUCUGGAAUAAAUCAGAAACUUCCAUAAUGAAGCAAUUUUUAAUUUUCAUCAUUCCACGAAGAUUCAGUCUGGCUGGAGCCAGAGAGGUUGGCUGUGUGGACUCAUGCCAUGGUGUGGUACUGAAUGGUCCUAAGCCUUGGGUUAAGGUAUAGCUGCCAAUAGGAUCAUAGCCGCACAUUGAUCCCUAGCUUCAGACAUGGCUCUGGCCGGGCUCAGUAGGAAGGCAUUUCUCUGUAUGUGCCCUUACUGGAUCAGGAUCUGAGUGAGCCUCCAGCCUGUGAGAGGAGAGGGAGAGCCAACUGGACCUCAGCACCUGUGUGGAACCAAGAGGAUGUGCCUGCGUGUCCUCCGUAGGCCUUGGGAUAGGAGUUAGACUAACACAAACGCAGGCCACUCUGCUCUGAAGACACUGCCGUCAGUCCAAGGGAUUGAGAUUCCCAGUUGCCCGUGUACAUAGAUGUGUCUGCUCACGCCUUCACAGUUGUCAUAACCGCAGGUCCCCGACAGCAGUGUCUGUAUCUUGUAUGGAUUCCGAGGCAUGUUGACUAGCGCUCUCUGAGUUCACCAUUGGUCUCCACUUAAUAUUUCUUUAACUGACUAGUACUGACUUUUCAUACAUGACCAUCCGCCUAAUUCAUGAGUAAUUCCUAAUAUAGUGGGUGACAUACAUUGAAGAAGCCUUUGAAAAUGAAAUCUUUUCUGUUGGCAUUCACAUUGCUGAACAGGCCUGGGGGAUAGAACUGACAUCUGUAACUUGAAUAUACCUGAGGCUUUGUGUGGCUUGUAACAGAAAAUUCAAGUCCUAUCACAGGACAGUGUGCAAGAUGGGGUGUCACAAGGGAAUGUCUCUAUGUUGUAGCUCAGGGCUCCGGCUUCUUUAGCACAAAUGCUCAUGGCUGUGCUCCAGCCACCAAGAAGUGAGGAAGUUGUCCUGUGAUGCCACAGAGCUUUCAGGAUGGUGUUCCCUCCCCGCCAGCAGCUCACUGGCACCCCUCUAAGUGGACGGUCUAGAGCUCUUUGCUUUUCUCAUUUGGAAAUGGCUCUGUGAACAGGCCAGGGCUGGGUGUCCUGUGGCCUCACCACCACCUUCACAUUGUAACCCCGUCCUUGGAGCACAGAGGGAGGAAGAUCUUAAGUUCAGCUUGGGCUACUUAGCAAGUCCCUGUCCAGGGGGAAAAUCCUUGACUCCAGACGGGGUCUGGGACAUGUUCAGAGACGCAGCAGCCAGAAUGGGGCGUUCUCAGUUUCUUGAAACUUCUUUCUUAACUGUUAAAGGAAACAUACUAUGCUAAGCAGGAAUAAGAUGGUUCUUGCAUGUAAACCUGUGGUCACAUCUGAAUCCUGGUGUCCCUGCGAGGACAAGAUUAUGGUUGCCAAGUAUGUCCCCACAGUAGAGGGUCUCUCCUAUGACCAGCAGUCUGGAGCCUGUCCCGUGUCUGCCCAUCAUCUUCAUCCUUUAGUGUAUUACUGGGUACUGUCAAUGGCCUGUACUGGCUGCUGCUGACUCAGGAACUCCCUAGUGUCCCUCUAACCUCCACUCUGGACUCUGUCCUCGCAGGUCACGCCAUCACCCCACUGCAGGACCUUAGCAAACACACGUGCUAGAAGGUCUACCAGUGGGUGCUUCCCUUGGCUUUUGGAGUUGUCCUCACAUCUGUUUGCUUCACUGACCUGGGUCAGGGUUAGAAAUAGCAGAUUCACCAGGCAGUGAUAGCAGCACGCGCCUUUAAUCCCAGCACUAGGAAGGCAAAGGCAGGUGGACAGCCAGGGCCACACAGAGAAACCCUGUCUCGAACCACUACCACCACUACCACCCCCUUAAAAAAAAAAGAAAUGGAAGACCCAGGACUGAGAACUGUACUCAGACUGAGCAUUUGAAAGCUGGCUGUGUUUCAGCUGUCAUACUGUCCUGCACCUCAGCACUUGCCCAGGGUGUGCAUUCGGCAACUGAGAUGUCUGCACCUGUUAAGGUUUCAACCCAGGAGUCUGGUGUUUCCUCUCUCUGCUCUGAACCACCUUCCCACACAGGAUCUGGGAAGCUGGCACCUAAAUUCCAGGCUUCUUUUAGACUAUUAACAUCUCAAAUGUGAAGGGUACCAUGCAGUUCUUAAAAGCCAUUCUCACGGUCUUGGGCUGUGCCUCCUAAUACCAUGGUAGGCGAGCAAGUUCUGUACCGUCUUCUGUCUUCGGGGUCCCAGAGCCUCCAACUAGAUCAUGUGUAGACAUCUUCCAUGUUCAUGUAACAGCGCAAAGUCAUACUUCUGAACCCUGAGCAAUCUAUUCAAGACGUUGAGUGGAAACUCAGACCACCUCGAGCUCUAAUGAUUGUGCUGUGGUCACCAGGUGUCUUCGGAUUUUAGUGGGUCUUGACCCUCCCCUCGGCCCCUAGGUGAGUGCCAGCUCACAUUUGGGGGCUCAAGCCUUGGUUCCAGGCUCAUGAUCUGUGGGAGCUAUCUGAGGAAGCCUGUGUACCCUCAUCCUGUGCCACAGCUCUGUUUUCUAGAAGCUGACAAGGAAGGACGUCUAGACCCUAGGCUAACCCAGGGCCCUGUGAGGCUAGCAGGCUGCAUGAUGUAUUCUGAACACCUUGAUGUAAGGAACUGACUGAAUAAAGUGCCACUGAUGACUUGU